CCCGGCGCGCUGGAGGAGGAGAUCGUGUCCGAGAAGGCGGCCGAGGCGAGCCACCGGCAGGACAGCGCCAACCUGCUCAUCUUCAUCCUGCUGCUCACCCUCACCAUCCUCACCAUCUGGCUGUUCAAGCACCGCCGCGCGCGCUUCCUGCACGAGACCGGCCUGGCCAUGAUCUACGGUGUCCUGGUGGGAGUCGUCCUGCGCUAUGGCAUCCACAUCCCCAGCGACAUCAGCAACGUGACCUUAAGCUGCCCAGUGCAGACAACCUCUGCAACUUUGUUGGUGAACCUCAGUGGAAAGUUCUAUGAGUACACCCUAAAGGGGGAAAUCAGCUCCCGCGAACCUCAUAAUGUUCAAGAUAAUGAGAUGCUCCGAAAGGUGACAUUUGAUCCAGAAGUGUUCUUCAACAUCUUACUCCCGCCAAUCAUAUUUUAUGCGGGAUACAGCUUGAAAAGGCGGCAUUUCUUCAGAAACCUGGGAUCCAUCCUGGCAUAUGCGUUUCUUGGAACGGUGAUUUCCUGUUUAGUGAUAGGAUCCAUCAUGUACAGCUGUGUUGCGCUGAUGAAAGUCAUGGGACAACUGGGAGGAGACUUCUACUUCACGGAUUGCCUGCUUUUCGGAGCCAUCGCCUCAGCGACUGAUCCAGUGACUGUGCUCGCCAUCUUCCAUGAGCUCCAGGUCGAUGUUGAACUCUAUGCCCUCCUUUUUGGGGAAAGCGUCCUCAACGACGCCAUUGCCAUCGUUCUGUCCUCAUCCAUUGUAGCUUACCAGCCAGCAGGAGACAACAGUCACACCUUUGACGUCACAGCCAUGUUCAAAUCCAUUGGGAUAUUCCUGGGGAUAUUUAGUGGCUCAUUCGCCAUGGGAGCUGCGACGGGAGUCGUCACUGCUUUGGUUACCAAAUUCACCAAACUCCGUGAGUUCCAACUGCUGGAAACUGGUCUAUUUUUUUUGAUGUCGUGGAGUACUUUUCUGCUGGCUGAAGCAUGUGGUUUUACAGGUGUCGUAGCAGUGUUGUUCUGUGGGAUCACGCAAGCUCACUAUACCUACAACAACUUAUCUGUAGAAUCUCAGCACAGAACCAAACAGCUGUUUGAGCUGCUUAAUUUCUUGGCUGAAAACUUCAUCUUCUCCUACAUGGGUCUUACACUGUUCACCUUCCAGAACCAUGUAUUCAAUCUGACGUUUGUGGUGGGGGCUUUUCUGGCGGUGUUCCUGGGCAGAGCUGCAAACAUUUACCCGCUCUCUUUCCUGCUUAAUUUGGGGAGAAGAAACAAGAUUGGGACAAAUUUUCAACACAUGAUGAUGUUUGCUGGCCUUCGAGGAGCCAUGGCCUUUGCCCUGGCCAUUCGGGACACGGCCACCUACGCGCGGCAGAUGAUGUUCAGCACCACGCUUCUGAUCGUGUUUUUCACCGUCUGGGUGUUCGGCGGAGGCACCACUGCCAUGCUCUCGUGCCUGCACAUCAGGGUUGGUGUGGAUGCCGACCAGGAGAACGUGGGUGUGCCGGAAAAUGAAAGGAGAAGCACCAAAGCUGAGAGUGCGUGGCUGUUUCGGCUGUGGUACAACUUCGACCACAACUACCUGAAGCCUCUCCUAACUCACAGCGGCCCUCCUCUCACGACCACCCUCCCAAGCUGCUGUGGGCCCAUCGCAAGGUGCUUGACAAGCCCCCAGGCGUACGAGAAUCAGGAGCAGCUGAACGACGACGAUUCAGACCUUAUUCUGAACGAUGGAGACAUCAUUUUGACGUAUGGAGAUUCCACCGUGAACACGGAUUCUUUGACAUCUGGUGCCUCCAGAAGGGUGGCAGGAAAUGGUUCUGAGGACGCCUUGGACCAAGAACUUGGCUUUGGAGACCAUGAACUUGUCAUACGGGGUACGCGCCUCGUUCUCCCCAUGGAUGACUCAGAACCUCCCUCAAAUGUCGUGGACAAUGCCCGACAUGGUCCAGCAUAAGAUCCGUAGCUUGAUUUGGCCGAUCGUCAAAAUUCAAUCCAGUCCACAUAUGAUCAUGAAGAAAAAUGUACUACCUACAACAAAAACCUACUGCAUGUCUCAGAAUGUCUAAGCUGUAUAAAUAUUUAUUUAUUUAUAUGGUGUCAGGAGAAUAUAACUAUCUGUACGAGACAAUUUGUAGAGAGCAAGCUCUUAAUUGCAUCUGUUUAAAAACAAGACACAAACUCAUGGAUUGCACUGCAUAGCAGUGGAACUGUUGAGAACAAAUUCUGCUAUGCUGAGGAGUGCGGGAGGAGAAGAGAAAGGAAUGGCAGGAAACAAUGGCUUUUCUGUUGGUUUUGAUAGGUCGGCAGAAAAGAGGGAGAGGAGAAGAUGGGUUACUUUCCUAUGUCUGUUCCAGCUUUAGCUAGCCCAUCAUUCAGCUGCCCAAGAGGGCGCCUGUAGAACGUGACUAGUUUAGAAUCUUGAAGUUUUAGUUUGAAGCACAUCCAUAAAAUUUGAUAUUAGAGAUCUGGACAAAAUUAAUCUCCUGGUCUCUGAUUUUGCUUUAGGCUUCCCAAGCAGCCGUCUUCACUUAGGAUGGGUUGCUAAGAUGCUUUCAUGGAAAUGCAGUGCUUAAAUCCAGUCGUCACUUGGCUAAUUGUUGGUGGUUUGUUGGCAUUUGCCAUUUGCAACUCCAUUUGCAUGGAAAGGUCACAUUAUAAGCCAGAGGUGAUUCUUACAAAGUCACUUCCUUUGAAUUUGUAUGUACUUUGAGGGUGAGUUUGUUUGGUUUUGAUUUCUCAUGCCUUAGUCAGGUUUUGUGUUAUGGUGCAGUCAAAGCCGGUAGAGUUUGCUUUCUCAUAUAGAGGAUUAAACAGUGUUUUUAGACAGGCCGGGAGAAUAUGAAGAGGUUUCUGGGCUCCUCUUUAGCUUCUAGUUGAGCUUCUGUACCUUUCUGGUACGUAAAUUUUUCUUCUGGCAGCAUAGCUGCUAAGAAGACCAGUUGAAGUUAAUUGUUGGGUGCAGUUCCAUGCUACAUCAGGGAGUCCACACAGUGUGAAGUGUUCAUGCAGAGUUUUGAGACUCUGUGCAGGUUUUAAAAGAGACAUUUUAGAAUAUUAGGUGGUACUGAAAGGGAGUUGUCUGUCCGUCCAUCUUGUAUAGUUGCACUUUUGUUUGGUAACUUCUUCGCAUGCUUUGUGUGUCUAUAAAGAAAGAAGAAACCUUUGGGUUUUGUUCUGGCAUCUGUUUACAGUUAAAUGAGAAAUAUUUUGUACCCUUUUGCCAUGGUUUCUUGACUUAUUUUUGCCCAAGGACGAGCACUGAACAAUUUGCUGAUUGUACACCCAGUGUAUUCACCUUGACUUUGCAGUGGGGAUCUUCGUUUGAUGGUGCAGUGGGUGGUUUGGAGAAGCAAAGAAUUCUGAUUGUUAUGUUUUCUUCAGAGAAAACAGAUGCUGUUCGAAACCUUUCCAUGUACAGUUCUUACUUUCCUUUCAAAGUAAUCAUUCAUAGAUUUUCUCACAGUUCCUGUAGGGCUGUUAUUAAUGCAACCCAAUGCUUUGGUCCCCCUAGAGGAUGGAGAAGCCCAGACUGGAUUGGUGGAACAUCAUCUUUAGGAAAGAUUGAAGGGACCUCAGUGAUCGUCUUUCAGAUUUUGGGGUUGUUCAUCAUUACUUUUCCAGGGGGAAAUUUCAACCCAGAAUGUGUGCUUGGCCUGUACACAGAUUGGGUGGCCAUGGAUCUGUGUCUCAAAUAAAUGAGCUCUUGUCCAGUUCACUUGCUAUUUUCUCCAUUUGGCAGGAGUUUACAUCUUGCUCCAAGGUCAGGUUUCUCCUUAGAAAAUAGAAAGCGAACAGACCUAGCACUUUUCACCUUUGCAAGAAUAGGGCCAUCACUUCAUUUAGGGCUUUUGUCAGAGAAUGAUUGUCCCAGCCUUUCCUGCACUUAGUGGGAUUAGAGAAACACGGGGAGGUGUAAUAUAUACGUAACAGCCAAGAGAAGAAAUCACGUUUCCUUUUUCUUUAAAAGGUCUUAUGUUUUCAGGUCAAAAUUACAUGCCUUAAGUAUACUUCAGUGCAAUUUUCUGGGACCACAAGAUCAUAGGCUCCUUCCUCCUAAGAAUUCAGGAUUCCGGCCAAGGGUGGCUGGUUUGCGAGCGCCCUCCCAUUGAAGGGGAAUCCCUCAAGAACAACCCCAGAUGGUCUGUUUUACUUGGGAGAAGCAGGGCUGCCAGUGCAUCCAGGAAACGUCAGCUUCUUUUGUUGUGGUUGCGGUUGUUGCAGGAUUAUUUUCUUUUUAGUACCAUUGUGUCUUUUGUUUUUCCUGCUAUGCAGGAAUUCCAUGGAGUGCGUAUGUGCGUAUGUGUGUUUUAUAUGAUGUCUGUAUCUUAAUGUCAGAUGUUAGAACAAUAAUAAUAAUUAUAAGAAUAAUAAUAGGAAAAUAUUUACGAAGGUUUUUACACCAUUUGUGUACAUUUGAUUUCUCUUGUUUAAAGCUUUUCCAAACAAGAAAGAAUGAUGCCCCUCCUUCCUGUUUUCUUUUUUCUUUACAUGUUGUGCAACCUGAUGGCUGGUAGCCAGGGUUGCAAAAGGUCCCCACCCCAUCCCGGGGAGUGCCAUCAGGUGACAAGUCCCAUCCCCCCAUUGAUGGAAGCUUGCUUAUUCUGCGAAGGGGUGUGGCACCAGGUGCGAUGAUGGUUGGGCCUCGCUCAUGCAAGUUUUUCUGUCCCCGACAGGUGGGAGCAGCAGCUCCUGGGCUCCCACUGGCCUCCCGCCCUUCUCAGAGCAGAAGCUAGAAGGACCCAGGAUGGGGCCACAUCCCAUUCCUGACUUUUCUUGGCAUGUUGCCCAUCAUGGAUCAAAGUUGCCCAGGUGCAUCUAGUACAGUGUUGAGUUGCAGGUUGCUGUCUGAGGAAGGGGAGGCUGAGGAGUGUUCACCAGGCCAAGGAUGCCCUCGUUUCAUCAGGGCACAAAAGUGUCCCUGGUGGUUCCUGCCUUUGUUUCCAGGGCAAAGCUCAGUGGCCCUCGUGAGGUGCAAAUGUCACCUGCUGGCUAUUGUGCAGCUCUUGGGGAUGAAAAUUCCCUGUACAAGGAGCAGCAUCCUCAUGCUAGGAAUAGCUUUGUGCCUACAAAAGGCAGGCAGGCAGGCAGGCAGGCGUGUCCCUAGAAUGCAAAAGAGUAGUCAGUCAUAUUGUUCCUUCAGAGGCAUUUCCCCACAUGAUGGCAGUUGAAUGUACGGCAUUCCCCUCGGAGCAUUCCUCGCCCUGGCCCAGAAUCUGAGCAAAUCCGCACUGCGUCUGUCACUGAAUUCUGAAAAACAGUUCUGGACUUGCGCUCGGAACCUUCUCGGUUCACUCCCGACCUGCUCCUUUCUACAGACUGAGCAGCUGUGCGUAACCAAAAUCCUGCCGCUCAGUGGACCCUCUUCUUGCACAGUUGUACCCGCCCCGCGUCUGCUGUGGCACAUUGCAGUCGACAUGCGGUUGUUAUUCCGACCUCUGAUGCCAAGCGUUGUUCUAACUGCUUAUUGAAUUCAUAUUCUGUUUGUCAGGGUGGUUGUUUUGAUCUUACACUUUAAUGCAUGUGAAUAACAAAGGAAGAUUUUUAACAUGGGAACUAACAUCUAACAAUCACCCAAGACUCAUCCCUGCUUUGCCAGAAAUAACUAACUAGGAAUUGUUUACUAAUUGCUUCGAUGUUACGGAAGAGCAUCUGCUGUGCUUCAUUUCUCCAAAGGGUCUUUUACACCCACGGUUCUUAAUGACCUCAAAUGCAAGGGUGGAAAUUUAUUACCUCCCAAGUCUGGGCAUAGGCCCUGAAAGAUUGAGUCUGUAUAUGAGUUAUAGACUUGAUAAAAGUUCAGGAGAACUCUUCCCUUGAAAUACUCUGCUCCGUAAAUAGAGCAGCCAACUUUUUCUGCACCAAAUGGCACUGCAGGUCAAGUUCUGGUUCACUCUACUUAACCGUUGGAAUUGUCUGUUUUUAUGGUAUUAACUGCUGUAGUUGUGAUGUUAUUGUAAUUAUAUACUUAAGCAUAAUUGCACCUUUUUUGGUUUCUGAUGACUAAAUCUUUUAUUGUUACAUGCACUGUGAAAAAAAAAGAAUCAUGGGCCUAUAAAAACAAGUUUGUUUCUUUGAA